AUGACGGCUCCCAGGGCUACUCGUGGCCACGGCCGAGGGAGUGGUGCUGUGGGAAAUACCUGGCGCAAACCCGACUCGAACGAUGGUCCAUCCGCAAAUUCGGCUUCGCCUUUCGCUCAAUUGAAACAUAACCUCAAACUCGAUAGGGCUAAGCAGAGAGAGAAAGCAAUUAGGGAAGGACAAAUGGCGGAUCCAAACCAACCAACUUCUUUGAACCAAGCUAUUACACCUGUCGGAACAUGUACUAGCAUGUGUCCGGAGUUUGAACGCGUUGAGCGCAUUGUUCAGAAAAUGGUUGAUAAGAGUGAAAAGGUAUUUAUGUCGAUCAGUAUCACUAACCUGGAAACAAAAAUGCUCAAACGUUUCCGAAGAUCGGCUGCUGGCUAUGACGAGCAGCUUCCAUCCGAUAUUCGAACACCAAAGACUCUUCUCCAGACCAUGAACUAUUUAAUCCGUCAUGUAAUCGGCGGACCCGAGCCCCUGGGGCUGAUUCAUAAGUUUGUUUGGGAUCGAACUCGAUCUAUUCGCAAUGACUUCUCGGUCCAACAACUUACUCAAGAAGACCAUGUAAAAAUGGCAGUCACUUGUCUAGAGAGGAUUGCUCGUUUUCACAUUGUAUCACUCCAUUUGCUUUCUAGCCCUGCCAACGAAGAACCGUUCGAUCAUCACCAGGAACGUGAACAGCUUAACAAUACGAUGUUGUCGCUGAUGUACUACUAUGAUGACAAUCGGGGUCGCAUCUCGUUUCCAAACGAAGAUGAAUUCCGCGCGUAUUAUAUCAUCUUUUCUAUUCUCGAUCAGCGGCCUGACUUGGAAGCGCGUGUCCAGAAGUGGCCAGCUGAACUACGCAACUCUCCGCGGGUGCAAUUAGCACUGGAACUACUGGCUGCUGCUGGUAAUGGGUGGGAGUAUCAGGGGACACUGGACUCUAAAAGGCAAAACGCAAUUGCACAGGGUUUUUACGAGCGCUUUUUCAGUCUGGUAGACUCUCCAGCUGUUUCGUAUUUGAUGGCCUGUGUUGCAGAGAUCUACUUCAACAACGUGCGGCUGACUGCUAUCCGCUCAAUUUGGAAGGGGUAUUGCCGUUAUCCGUCUUCUCAGCAACAUAAAAACGAAGAAUGGACUGUGGAUGAGUUAAAGAAGGUGCUAUACUUUGACGACGCUGAACAGACUAUCAAGUUUUGCGAAGAACAGGACUUGGAAUUUGCUGAAAACGCAAAUGGCGAUCUAUAUUUGAAUUGGGGAAGCCGUAACUUUGACUCAGUCGGUAUGUGUAACUCUCGACGACGAAACCGCUUGAUCUUUUUUGUCAGUUGA